AUGGCCACUGCCAAGAGCGCUUCAUAUGACUACCUAAUCAAACUAUUGCUGAUUGGAGACUCGGGUGUCGGGAAAAGCUGCUUGUUGCUUCGCUUUUCCGACGACUCAUUCACGCCAUCCUUCAUUACAACCAUUGGCAUUGACUUCAAGAUUCGCACCAUUGAACUCGACGGCAAACGCAUCAAGUUGCAAAUUUGGGAUACAGCUGGUCAAGAACGCUUUCGUACUAUCACCACCGCUUAUUAUCGUGGUGCUAUGGGUAUUCUUCUUGUAUAUGAUGUGACAGAUGAAAGGUCAUUCUCCAAUGUCCGAAACUGGUUCUCCAACAUUGAACAACAUGCAAGUGAAGGUGUUAACAAGAUUCUCAUUGGAAACAAGUGUGAUAUGGAAGAUAAAAGAGCAAUCACUACAGAGCAAGGUCAAGCAUUGGCUGAAGAACUAGGGAUUCGAUUCAUGGAAACAAGUGCCAAGGCCAAUAUUGGUGUAGAAGAGGCAUUUUUUGAUCUUGCAAGGGACAUUAAAAAGCGAUUGAUCGACACUCAGCAACCACAACAGACACGUCAGAGAGAAGAGGUUAGAUUGGAUACAACCACUCCUGCAAAGAGUAGCUCCUCGUCCGGUUCUUGUUGCCAAUAA